AGAGACGGUGCGUUAUUCUCGUGCUUGUCCGAUCCGCCAACGUGAUACCAAGACGUUAACACACACACACACACCCACACCCACACACAGUCAAUUUAUCACAUGCGUAACACACCGUAAUAAAGGGUACAUCGGCAUUUUUUCCCCCUUUCUUUUGUCGUUAAAAAAAAUAUAUUGUGCCCACCCACGAUGAACUCCGUUGAUGAGCUGAACCUCCUACUGGGCAUCGGCCCCGCCCGCCCGCAGCUCCCCGUCACGCUUCGCAAGUCCGGCUACAUCCCAGUCCGCGCCUUAGGCAAAGGCAGCUACGGUCAAGCCUUGCUAGUUUUCCAUGAACCGCGACAGCAAUACUUCGUCGUCAAACACCUGAACUUAGCCGGCAUGUCGUCUCGACAGCGGCACGACGCGCACAAUGAAAUCAGCAUCCUCCAGAAGCUGCACCAUCCCAAUAUCAUUCAAUAUGUGGAGUACUACGAGGAGCACCCGAACCUGUACAUUGUGAUGGAGUACGCUGAUGGCGGGGAUGUGUACUCGCUGCUCAGCAAAGCUCAGGCUGCGCGGAAGGCCGCUGCACGCGCGAAUAAAAAACUCGGCGACGCCGCAGCCGCUUCUGCGGGUGGUGGCAGCGCUGUUGCUGCGGCGAACGAGAGCAGCGGCCUGCUGUCCGAGGUGCAGGUGGUGAGUUUGUUCGUCCAGACGACGAUGGCGGUGAAGUACAUGCACGACCGCCGCCUCCUCCACCGCGACAUCAAGUCCUCCAACAUCUUCCUCACGAAGAACCACGUCGUGAAGCUCGGCGACUUCGGGAUCAGCACGGUGCUGCAGAGCACCAUGGCGAUGGCGAGCACGAUGUGCGGCACGCCGUGCUACUUCUCACCUGAGCUCUGCCAAGGACGGCCGUACAACAACAAAAGCGACAUGUGGGCGCUGGGGGUGCUGCUCUACGAGCUCUGUGCCGGUCAGGUGCCCUUUGAGUCCACCACGAUGCGGGCGCUGAUGCGCGACAUCGUCCACAGGCAGCCGCCUCGCAUCCCAGCGCUCUACUCGGAUUCUCUGUGGGAGUUGAUUGUGCAGCUGCUGCAGAAGGACCCCCGCCGCCGGCCCGACGCGGGUCAGGUGCUCAUGUCCGCAACACUCAUGAAGUACAUCCCAGAGCUGAUGGAGCAGCUCGCGUCUGACCCGGCAUACGCAGCGGCCGCCGCCAACGACGAGGUCCAGAACAACAACGAGGAAACUAGCAACAAGGCAGCGGAUCAUUAUUCGGACGGCACCUCCGGGUUCACUCCGGCGACAUCACCAGCGGCGCCUCCGCCACCACCGCCGCGCCGCGUUCCACAAAAGAACGCAGCGGCGGACGCGCUCCCUGUCGCUCCCCCGCUUCUACCGGCGGCGGGACCGUCAAGGAAGAAGCCGCUCUCCCCACUCCCACUGCCGCCGGCGGCAGCGGCAGGCAAUCCGGCGUUGAAGGGGACUAAUGCGGUGGGGCCAAACCAGAACAGCAGAGCUGGCGGCCCGUCGCCUUCGUCUACCCCACCACGUCCACACGAGGGUCCGCCCGCUACUCCCCCUCCUUCAUCCAAGCAGCAACCACCGCCGUCGUCGACCGCCUCCAUUGCCGCCUUGCUGGCUCGCUUUGACGCGCAGAAGCAGGAGUUGGCAGCGAGCAAGCUGAAGAAGAAGGAGGAACAGAAUUCGCAGCCGCGACAACCGCCGGAUGCACCCCCACCCAGCAGGCCGCAAGACGAUGCCAAUAGCAGCGGCAACGGCAGCAACUUGCCAGGGCUGCGAAACAAGAAGAGAGAUCAUCAUUUUCAGGCACCACCGUCAUCGCAGCAGCAGCAGCAGAGAAGGAAGGAGGGAGAAGGUGCGGCCUCGGCGGCACGUCUCUCACCCGGCGCCGCGGCCGCGCUUCGUCAGCAAGGGCUGGACCCGGAAAGUGAUUCUCAAGUAUUUCCCCUUCGCGGUCCCGGCGGUCAUCCUGCCCAUGCUGGAAGUGCUGCUGCUGCUGCUGGUCAUCGCAGGUCCUUCGCCCCUCCACCGCUGCCCGCUGCUCUGCGCGGCACGUCCGCUACUAACAUCAAACAGCACGAAGAUCAUGGAGACGCGCCACAUGCAGCUGCUGCGGUGGGCAGCGGCAACAACGCAGAACGCGCCGUGGACUCCCCACACGGUGGCGGCUCCUCAUCGGCUGCCGCUGCCGGGGUAGCGGCGCCGACGGGAUCGGCGGAGCUCGGUGCGGUGCUGACGGAGCUGUCCACAUGGCGUGAGCGCAGUCUGCGCCGUCAGCACCGCUCCCAACGCAAGGGCGAGCCGGUCCACCCAAAUCAGGCGAAGGAGAACCGCAGCAGCAGCAAGGCCGCGGAGGAGAAGCGUGAAGGAGCGGCGCCGUCUUCGUCCUCGCCGCAGCCGCAGCGCCACCCGUCAAGUUCGCAGGAGAAGGACGGCCUUUCGGCGGUGAACGCCGCCGAUGCGCAUCCAGGCGAGGUCACCGCCGGGGCGGCGAAGGCAGCCGCAACGAAGCAGAGCGCUGAUGUGGCUUCCCGAGCGACGCCGUCACCUUCCAAAGGGACUGCCACAGAGGCCCAACGUGCGAACGCGCUUCAUCCGGCCACAGGGCUUUUGCCAUCGCUUCCCGCAUCACCGCCCCCGCAGGGACAGCACCAGCAGCUACCGCAGCCCGGCUUUCACAAGAAGGAGGGCGAAAGCCCUGCGUCUGCCGCGGCGCCCAAAAGCGUCGCCCGCAGCUCCUCUCCUGCCGCUUCCCCCCUCGCCGCCUCCUCACACGGCAGCGCUCACACGCCGUCGGACGAGGAUGACAGAGCGAACAGCAACGCGCAGAGCUUCGUCGAUGCGAUGGGCACCACGUUAGAUGUACAGGCCCUGCAAGAGGCGUCAUCGACGUCAUCGUCUGCCGCUGCGGGAGUACCACACGCCAACGUCUCCGGAACGUCGUCGCGCCACGGCCACCAGCAGUCUAUGCAUAAAAGCUAUCGCGGUACGAGUGAAAAGAUCGGUGCACUGCGCGCCACGCUGAAGGCGGACUUCGCUCCUCACCCGACGACAGCAGCAGCAGCAGGGCAGAAAGAGCUUCAACCGAACGGUAGGUGUGCGUUCUUGGAAGAUACAGAUGAAACACCCGUCGCGUCCAAGGCUACGCUGCCCAGCAAACCUGAGGAACAACCAAAAGCCGAAGCUGCGGCGGAAGGUGGCGCCGGCGACGACGAAGAGGUCGUUGACAUGGACUUCACCACCGCGUGCCUCUGUGGGCGGGCCACGACCAGUGGCGGUCGCUUGUCCAUGAUCUACGGCUCCUUUAUCUGCACCUGCGACGUGUGUGUCCGCUUCACGGGUGCUGCACGUGGGGUGGAGUGGUUGCACCUCCCGGAGAUCGAGGCACUGCACGCGUUGCUGAAGCGGUCGGCGACGGUGCUCUCUGGGCCGUCGCCUCCCACGCCGCUUCCGUCGUCGUCGUCGCCGGCUUCGGUGAUGGGCCGGCCGAGCGCCGGUGCGGGUGCCACGGCGGCCGCUGCGUUCCGCGCCCACGCCGCUCACUCACCACCUUCUCCCCCAAGUGGAGCCCAUAAAACGGAGCUGCCUGCGAGGGGCAGUAGCCCCAACACUGCCAGCAGCGGUCCCUCUCCUGUUUCUUCCUCUCCUCAUGAAUUGCUGCGCCAGGCAGGGAUUCGCUUCUACACUCAUCAGCAGUCCUCCUCCUCAUCAGUGGAAGACAGAGAUGAUGUCGAUUGCACCCGCACAAAGGGUGCGCAAGUCAACGGAAGUACGGCGAUUGAGUCGUACACGCUGUACACGUGUGCGACGUGUGGGGGGAUGGUCAGUAUGCUGCACGAUGGGGUGCCAGGCGUGUUGCUGCCCAAGUCAACACUCGAUGAACAGAGUCUUCAGAUCCUUUCGUCCUGUGCCCAGACGGUUGUAGACGACGAGGAGGAGGAAGGAUGA